AACAAAUAUUCUUAGUUAAUGCUAAUUAACCCAAUACAACACAGUGGUAAAACAGCAGUUACUUUCGUUGAGAAGCGUGUUUUACGUAAUUUUAUGACAGUGUCGACUGCCUUACGACAGAAGCCGUGUGUAGACGCAACGUGGAGUUGUUUACUAUUUAUGACAGCCCCCACUGGAUAAAAACAGUUGUAAUCCUGCAAACCAGCAUCUAUCCGUUGGAAGUUUGACUGUGUGACUAAAGGAAGAAAUGGGAAAGCCAAAGAAAAAGAGUGAUCUCAGCCGAGCUGAGCUGAUGAUGAUGACCAUUGCUGAUGUUAUCAAUCAGCUGGUUGAAGCCCAUGAAGAGGGCAAAGACAUCAAUCUCAACAAAGUGAAGACUAAGACUUCAGCGAAAUAUGGACUCGAAGCCCAGCCUCGAUUGGUCGACAUCAUUGCUGCCGUUCCCCAACACUACCGGCGUGCUCUGGUGCCCAAACUGAAGGCCAAACCCAUCCGCACUGCCAGCGGGAUCGCGGUGGUGGCUGUGAUGUGCAAACCGCACAGAUGUCCGCACAUCAGCUUCACGGGCAACAUCUGUGUCUACUGUCCCGGUGGACCGGACUCAGACUUCGAGUACUCCACACAGUCUUACACCGGCUACGAGCCAACGUCCAUGAGAGCGAUCCGAGCACGUUACGACCCCUACCUUCAGACCAGACACCGGGUGGAGCAGCUGAAGCAGCUGGGUCACAGCGUGGACAAGGUGGAGUUCAUCGUGAUGGGCGGGACCUUCAUGGCUCUGCCCGAGGAGUACAGAGACUACUUCAUCAGGAACCUGCACGACGCCCUGUCAGGACACACCUCCAACAAUGUGGCCGAGGCCGUCAGGUACUCUGAGCGCAGUAACACCAAGUGUGUGGGGAUCACCAUCGAGACGCGGCCCGACUACUGCCUGAAGAGACACCUCAGCGACAUGCUGGGCUACGGCUGCACCCGGCUGGAGAUAGGAGUCCAGAGUGUGUAUGAAGACGUGGCCCGAGACACCAACAGAGGCCACACGGUGCGGGCCGUAUGUGAGUCUUUCCAACUCUCGAAGGACGCCGGCUUCAAGGUGGUCGCCCACAUGAUGCCAGACCUGCCCAACGUGGACAUGGAGAGGGACGUGGAGCAGUUUAUCGAGUUUUUCGAGAACCCAGCGUUCAGGCCCGAUGGCUUGAAGCUGUACCCGACGCUGGUGAUCCGAGGUACGGGCCUGUAUGAGCUGUGGAAGACAGGCCGGUACAAGAGCUACACGCCCAGUGCCCUGGUGGACCUAGUGGCCCGCAUCCUGGCGCUGGUGCCCCCCUGGACACGGGUCUACCGGGUGCAGAGGGACAUCCCCAUGCCGCUGGUGAGCUCCGGAGUGGAGCACGGCAACCUGAGAGAGUUGGCCCUGGCCCGGAUGAAAGACAUGGGCACUGAGUGUCGAGACGUGAGAACACGAGAGGUGGGCAUUCAGGAGAUCCACCACAAAGUCAGACCGUACCAGGUGGAGCUGGUGCGGAGGGACUACAUGGCCAACGGCGGCUGGGAGACCUUCCUCUCCUACGAGGACCCGGAGCAGGACAUCCUGAUUGGCCUGCUGCGCCUGCGCCGCUGCUCACCGCAGUCCUUCCGCCAGGAGCUUAAAGGGGGCGUGUCCAUCGUCCGUGAGCUGCACGUUUACGGCAGCGUCGUCCCCGUCAGCAGCCGGGACCCCAGCAAGUUCCAGCACCAGGGUUUUGGCAUGAUGCUGAUGGAGGAGGCAGAGAGGAUUGCCAGAGAGGAACACGGCUCCAGCAAAAUGGCCGUUAUCUCAGGCGUAGGAACAAGGAACUAUUACAGGAAGAUGGGCUACAAGUUGGAGGGGCCGUACAUGUUGAAGGACCUCUACGGACCUGGAACCGACUGAACCUGGAUAGUGUUUUUAUUCUGGACACAUGAUCGUAUUUAUCAAGACAAUAUUCCAGGGACACGGCUGCUGCAGUGUGUUUUAGUGAAGCUAAAGGAGAUAAUGGUUGGGAGUGCUUUUUGUUUACACACUGGGACCUGCUGCUGCAUCUCCUCUGCUUUAUUUAGAUAAGGAGACGACGUGAGAGGGUGCGAGGAGUAAAAUUAUUCAGGAGGGAGCCAGAGCGUCUUGUGGACGAGUGUAAUUUAAGAUGCAAACAUACUUCACUGCAGCAAAAGAGGUCAGAUUUGAGUCUGCUAAACCGGCUCCCUGUCAAUGAUUGUUUGACGAGAAAUGAGAACUAUCCCGCUGAGACGUUUUUAUUUAAAUGUUCCAUGUGUCUGCUAAAGAAACACCCGAAUGUCUGGGUGUCCCUUAAAAAGUUCCUGUGUGUUCGUCCAGGAUUAGCAGUUAAUCAUGUUUUGUGCUGCGACUGAAUAGAAAACCCCAUCACGAGUCGAGCGUUUCCUUAAUGGCUGGCGGUGGAUGAAUGAACUGCGGGAAGUGUCCUCGCUGGGCAGAUGUUGUGCAAUCGCGCAAUUGUAAUUUACAGGGCAGGAAAUUGAAUAUUAGCGUUACAUAAAUUGCUUUUCAAAGCGCCGACAUUUAAUCCUAUUACUUGUGUUCCUGCCUGCGCGCUCUUGGGGCUUCAUGUAUUCUGGUGUAUUCCAGAUGUUAGACACAUCACUGAACAGUUUUUUUUGCUCAAGGAAUAAAGUAUAUUUCAGUUACUGUUGGGUGUCCUGCUUUGUGAGUGAAGACGUUUUGAAGAAUUCCACCUAAAAGACAGAGGUUUAAGCCUCCCAAGGAAAGGUCACAUCGUGAGACAGGCUCCUAUAAUGUAUUCCUCAAUGUCAAGGGUGCCAGCCCCUGCAGGAGACCCCAGAUGAUUGCCCUAUGAGAGUGUUUUACUGGCUCAUUUGAUACAGCCUUUCCAAUUACAUCUCCAUCGGUUACCCGUCUCUUGAACAUUGACUGAACGCCACGUUCUGCCGCGCCAUUACUGGAAACGCCUUUUGUCAUUUGAAAAAAAAUA